CUGAUGUAUUGACUAUUGGCCCCAAUAAGGCUCAUAUAAACCCCCUUUAUAAUGGGGUUUCCAGUUCCACACUUGGAAGCUGCCAACCACUCUCAACUCAUCUUAAUGGCUUCACUCACUCACUUCUCAACUUGCCUCAAGCUUGGAUUCACUGUUGCCCUUCUCCUGUUUCUCCUUCCCAUAACAGAGUGUUUAGAGGAAACAGUAAUUUCAAGAGGGGUAAAAGUGGGAUCAAGGCCACCAAGGUGUACGGUGGAUAAGUGCCUGAAUUGCAGACCAUGCAUGGCUACCCUUGUGGCUCCUUCUCAUCAAAGGAAAUACCCUUUAGCUUCUUAUGAAAACUACUAUCUUCUAGCUUGGAAAUGCAAGUGUGGGGAUAAGGUUUUCCCACCUUAGUUAGAUUUUUUUUUUUUUUUUUUUUUUUUUUUUUGAAAGGCACCUUAAUUAGUUAGUAAAUGGACUUUAUGUAAAUGAGCUGAUGAGGAUUUCUAAACUUGUAUAUGUAUAAUUCAUUGCUGACUUCUUA